UUUGUGGAUCAUAUCAAAGUUGAAGGAUGAGAGUGGGAGAGGCAUAAUGGAUUACUACACACUUGUACUGGGAUCAAUUUUUGCCUUGAGUUUGCUAUAUAUUCUAGCAAAAUUAACCAGCAGAGGUAGCAAAAAGCUUCCACCAGGGCCAUCACCAUGGCCAAUUAUUGGAAACUUUAACUUGUUAAGUGCAAAACCUCAUAGAUCACUAGCCAAUCUUGAACAAAUUUAUGGUCCAAUUAUGAGUUUAAAACUAGGACAAAUAACAACAGUAGUCAUUUCUUCAUCAGCCAUGGCAAAACAAGUCCUUCAGAAACAAGACUUAGCCUUUUCCACUAGAUUUAUCCCUGAUGCCCUUCAAGCACACAGCCAUUGCAAAUUUUCUAUGAUAUGGCUUCCUGUUUGUCCUCAAUGGCGAACGCUUCGGAAAAUCUGGAACACUUACCUCCUCUCUUCCAAUAGGGUUGAUGCAAAUCAACAUCUAAGGUCUCAAAAGGUGAAAGACUUGCUUGCUUAUUGUGCAAAAUGUAGCCAAGAAGGUCAAGCUUUGGAUGUAGGUCAAGUUACUUUCAAGACUAUUUUCAAUUUGAUGUCCAACACCCUUUUCUCCAAGGACUUGGUUGACCCCUUUUCGGAUUCAAAGGUAGAACUGAAUAACAUGUUUGUGACAACUCGACUCCGUGUUAUGAUUUUUUUUUGUGUACUAAACGGUGCAUUAAACAUGCUGUUAAUAUAACUUUUUAUGACAUUUUUUGAAAUUUAAAGGUUGAGUUGAAAGACGUGAUCUUGGGCAUUAUGCAUGAGGUUGGGAAGAUCAACCUAGUGGAUUUUUUCCCUGUACUUGAAAAGAUUGAUCCUCAAAGAAUAAGGUAUCGCUCAAAGAUUCAUUUUGGUAAGUUGUUUAAAAUUUUUGGUGAUUUGAUCGAUGAGAGGUUGGAGGAAAAGAAAAGGAACCACAGUGAAAAGAGUGAUGUUUUGGAAGUAUUUCUAAACAUUAGUGCAGAAAAUCCCGAAGAGAUCAAUCAGAAUCAUAUAAAAUCCACGCUCCUGGUCCGUGCUUUUCUCUUUUAUCCUUUAAAUUUUAGAGAUGCAAUUUCCUUACCCCCUCCCAGGCUUCCCAACCUCAAUUUUAUUUUUAAAAUGUCCAUAAAGUUAAAGAGGAAAAAUAAGAAUUGGGAAUACUCUUGGAUUUGUUGUUGCCUGAUUAUGCUAAUAGUGUUGCAAAAGAUUGUGGGUGAACUAAAGCUCAAUUACAUAUAAAUCAACUAUAGAAGAAGCAAAAACACUAGGAUUUAGCGAGGUUCAGCCAAGCCUACGUCUUUAGGGCAAAAAACAGAGAGAACUUUCCACUAUGAAUGAGAAGAAUAGUAAAAAUUAAAGAAUCGGAAAUUACAACCCCUAUAAAUUAAGUCUCAAGUAUCCCCAAACCUACAAGAAAAUGAAUUUCUCAACCUACAAGGAUAAUGGAUUUUUCAAACCUACAAGGCCAAUAGCCUACUAGAAAAUAUGAUGUAACUAGCCUACUAGAAAAUCUUGAGAUACCUUGACUUGAAUUCUCUUCGUCAACAAGAACAACACCUCUUUGCGUUACAUUAUUUUGAGGAGUGACAAAAAAUAGUUAUUUAUUUAUCAUAUAUACAGCUUAGCAACAUCAAGGAUAGAACUCACAAAGGAUGAGCGGCUUUGGCUAAGGUGAUACCAAACUUCUCCUCCAGCUGUCUAAUUCUUUUGGCCCAACGACUGCUUUGAGUUUUCUAUUGAAGAAAUUCAAGAGUGAGCCUAACAUCUAGAAUAGAAGAUGGAAUAACUCGCAAAGGAUGAGCGGCUUUGGCUAAGGUGAUACCAAACUUCCCCUCCAGCUGUCUAAUUCUUUUGGCCCAAUGUCUGCUUUGAGUUUUCAAUUGAAGAAAUUCAUGAGUGAGCCCAACAUCUUUGGGACCAUUCUCAAAAGUGGCAAGUCAGGGCAUAUUCUUCAGCCAGCACCAAAUGAAAUCAAUUCAAAAAAUUUCCCUUGCAUGUCCAAGUUCGAAUUCCAAAACCAAAUUCGAUCGUCCACACGUUAAUUAAUACUUGUGAUCCCUUCGGUAUGAUGUGGUCACACAAUUCAACAUCUUGCAAGCUAUACUAUAUCUUUGUCAUACAUCAACAACUACACGUUAAUUAUUAGAAAUAAGAAAAUAAUUUUUAAGAAUCAACUAAUAUCAGGUUACCACUGUCGAAAUAUGUGCCAGACUAUACUAGGAUACCAUCGUCGCAAAGAAGUGACUCCAAUAAUAUGUAACAAUUCAAGCGAUCAUUUUGAGCACACUUUUGAUAUUGUUGUUUAGGGGCAGCCCGAUUCACUAAGCUCCCGUUAUGUACGGAGGCUGGGAAAAGAUCGGACCACAGAUGUCUAUUGUAUAUAGGUUGGGAUACAGGGGGUUCAGACAGAUUUUAAAACAAGGUGAAAUUCAAAAAUAAUUAUUCAAAUUUUUGUAUCUGGUACAACCGCGGCGUCUAGUUUGUGAUCACAAGGUUAGGUGACCUGGUGACUGAGCACAUUCAUAGAUAAAUGGAUCACGAUAACGGAGAAGUCGAUACAUGUUGACCACCGCGAUCGCGUGAAAAUACGUACUCUACACCUAUGAAUAUUCUUCAAUCUUGAGCAGUGCCAGCUUCAUGGUGAAACAAGUAAGGCACUUGCUUUAGUUUGCCCCCAUCCCCCCUUCCCUUUUUUUUUUCGAAAUAAUAGAUAUAUAGAUAUUUUAAACUCUCCUCCUCAUUAUUUUGUCCAAUAUAACAAUCUUUCUUUUCCCUUCUCUCAUAAGAUUACAUACUUUCUGUUCUAUUUUUUCUUACUUUUUUUCUCCAAUAGUUUAAAAGUUCAAUAGUUCAAAAGUUUUAUUGGUUAAAUUUGAGAUCAUUAAAUGGCGACAAUUUAAAAAGAUUUUGUCUUAACCUUGAAUGCUCCUUACAAUAUAAUAGUCCCUCUAAUAUUGAUUGUUUAGACUUAUUUUCUAAACUAAAAGUGUGUUGAAAAAAAUAGUACAAGCAGAAAAUAAUACUCUAAUUGACAUAUUCAAUUAAAUAAAAAGACUUAAUUUUUUUUCAAAUGUUUAUAUUUCUUAUAAAAUAAUGUUAUCAGUUCAUGUAAAGUUUUCUAGAAAGAAGUUUUAAAAAUUAAAAUUGAAAAAUCUGACCUAAAAUCAACUAUUCUUAAGAAAGAUAAAAUGAGUUGACAAUAUUAAAUUCAAGGCCUCCCAAUAAACCUAGCCCACUAAAUGCUUAGAGCCGCCCCCAAUCUUGAGUUUCACUAAAAAAUAAACAUUUUUUCCCUUUCUUCUCGUUUCCUUUAAUUUUUCAAAUUCUGCAAGUCAAUAAUUGGAGCAUAACAGUAUGCAUUUAAGACAAAUGGACAAAAGUACUUGGUCCAGACCAAGAAAGCUACACUAUAGUUAGGCCUUUUGUAAAUUACUCUAACUUUGUGUAUACUUUUCAAUCUUGAU